AUGCCAGCACAAAAAGCUUUGUUGCUUGUAGAUUGUUUGUUUAUGUAAAUUGACAUGGUGCAUUUUAUUAUGCAACGGGGAAAGGCUCUAAGUGACAAGAAAAGUGCUGAUUGGACAAGCCUCUUGGAAAGGGACCUCUGACAAAACCAAGGCAAAUCCUGACAUUAUUCCCUGCUUGGCUGCAACACCUUCAGGAGGACGGAAAGCUUGUUGACUCUUCAAUAUAUCUAUCUAUUUGGUGGGGGAGGGAUAGUUGUGGAUGGUUUGAUUUCUGCAGCGAUUCCGGGAUACCAGAUCAUCUCUGGACACAUAUCCGCAAGGAACCUCUUGGAUACUGCAGGAAUCAUGACAGAAGAUGUCCAGGUUCCAACCAGCAUGUCUGAAUAUAAUCGGAACGUGCCCUCUGAAAAACCUCAGCUCCAGGUCAUUGAUAUUAUUGAUCAAAUUGCAAAUUCUGUCGAGAUAUUUCCUUACGAUACCGCAGAGCCUAUUCCCAGUUCCCCACUUGCACAAGGAAACCGAGGGGGAGGCAAACAUUUAGCAAAGAGCACACCAUACGAAGUUUCAGUUGGGAUAAAGGAACUUCAAGGAGAGCCAGAGGGAAACAAGGAGAGAGAAACUGACAUCUUUUCCCAGGAGACAAGAAGCUGGGAAGAAGAAUCCAGAGAAGGCUUUUGUGAGGAGAAGCAUCCUGUGAGCACUAUAGACCAUAAAGUAGCUAAGAUGGAAGAAAGAAAGAUGGAGGAACCCCAGAUUGAAGAAGUCUACAGCACUAAUGAGGUGGUGGUGGAGGAGGAACAGGAAGAGGCAGAGCUGAGUGAACCCAAGGAGCCAAUGAAAGAGGAAACGCAACUAGAAGAAAAUGAAACCAUGGCAGAGGAAGUUUUCGAUGGCACUGAAGAAAUAAUGCAGAAGGAAAGCAAUGAGGAUAAACAUAAAAAGAGGCUGGAGAGCGGCAGCAAGGAUUUCCUUUCUGCCAGUGCCAGCUGUAACUCUCAGACUGAGAAACCUGCUGAGCAGCCAAGCUUGGUGAAGAAAAAUGAUAUCUCCAGGCACAGUUAUUCUCGAUACAAUACAAUAUCUUACCGGAAGAUCCGGAAAGGAAACACUAAACAGAGAAUUGAUGAAUUUGAGUCCAUGAUGCAUUCAUAAAACUGAGGCAGAGGAUUUGAUGGGCAUGCUGUGAUUCUCCUCCCCUCCCCAAUGCCAGACAUUUAUCCACCUGUAAUAUCAAGUUAUCAAAAUAUAUUUUGCAGCUUCAAUCCAACCUAAGCUUACCUGUAAUCUAAGGCUACAACCCUAUGCACCCUUUCUGUUUGGGAACAAGCCCUAUUGAUCACAUUUACUUCCAGAUAGAUAUGCAUAGGAUGGGACUGCAUGGCUGCAGGUUUAUGCAUUGUUAUCUGGGAGUACUGUCUGUUGGACUGUUAGGGGACUUGCUUCUGAGUACAUAGCAUGUGGAUACGCUUGGGCUGGAAGUCUCAUUGAAACUAACAGAACAAGUUAGUCAUGACUAACUUCACUCCUACUGCUUUUGGUGGGACUGAUGCAUGUCUGCUCAAAAGUAAGUCCCAUUGAGUUCAACUGGACUUAAUCCCGCAAGUGUGUCUAGGAUUGCAGUCAUAAAUUACAACUAACUUUCAUUGGAUUGGGGCUGGUAUGUGCAAUUUGUCUGCACCUCAGAAAUGUAACCACAACAAUACAUGUACUAACUUAAAUCAGCAGUGUAAUAACUUUAACAUAGCUCAAUCGAAAAAGGUAUUUUAGAGAUAGUUUCCCAUCCCCCCUAUCCAUUUUUUGGUACUGAAAUGGAAGAAACAGCUAGGGGACGCCAACCUUUGGCAGCCAGCAGGCACAUUUUGAACACUGAAAGAGUGUUGCGGGCACCAGUCAUAAAAUGGCUGCCAUGGGGUCAUGGCAUAACACAAAACUGCUGCUAUGAGGGCAUGUCUUCCACAUCUAAAAGAGAAUAAAACAGACAGGACCACAAAAUGGUGUGAGCUUCUCCUCACAGCUGUGGGGUGGGGAAGGCACAUCAGCCACUGUCACAGAGAGAAGCUCUUGGCAUUUCUCCU